ACCCCGUACUCCACAGAGUACAGAACCGGAUUCCCCGCCGUGCGCAGUUCGUAUCAUUGUAUCUAGCAUACCCAGACGUUAUACAUAGAUUGACUCGCGCCUAAUGGCGUAAGCUCCUUCUUCCCGAAAUAGAACCCAGGCAUUUGAUAUCGCCGCGAUCCUUCCUUUACAUUGUCUGAUGGCAUAAUCUCGCAUGUCGUUUGCCCGUACACAGAUCACAAUUGCCAGAUCGAAAUACAAAAACUCACACAAUUUAUCUUGUCCGCCAGUCAGAUUCACGAUCUGGAAUAUCAAUCGGGUUUCCGCCAUCCGCACAUCCUAUCAUCGCGCACACGCGCCGUAUUUUAGUUCACAACAUAUGUACCGGUAUCUCGCUGUCUCAUUAUCCCUACACGUCCAUCACAUUUCCAGACUCCCGGCUUUCUUGCCGAAAUCACGCGUGUCGCAAAAUAUUUUAUAGCGUUGCUCACCUAAGCAUCUAAACACAUUUGCUGAUACUAACACGGUAAACACACAUUGUGGCACACUAUUCAGCC